AUGGAUGAAUCGAAAAAACGUUCAGAACAGAGAACUGACGAGAUGGCCAGAGAGAUAUCCGACUUCGAGUAUGACUAUGUCAUUGUCCGCCAAAACAUCGCCUCCGUCAACGUGGGAGGAGCAUAUGAAGUGUCUUUAGCUUGGUCAAUGUCGACAAAUACAUCAAGUGAUGCAGCAAGUUGUCUCUUGGAGGUCGCUGUCGACUCCACGACCAUCCUUGAGACUGGGGCGUCCGCCAGCGGCGUCCGCCCCGUCUCUGGCUCAUGGGAAACAGCCACGGCAACCUACACGCCAACUGCGUCGACAGGCAUUCCUUUUGUGAUCAGCAUCAGUUGUUCCGAGGGCCAAUCGUCUGACAGCCCGAUUAUCGGUCUAGCAGACAUCUCAAUGGUCUCUUCCUCAUGUUACACUUCGACCUUGGGCGUGGCUUCGUCGACAUCAAGCAUGACUUCUGCGACUAGCAAUGACUCCCCGGUCACUUCACCUACCUCUUCCAGCGCAAUAGCCGCCACUACAGCUGGCCCAUCUACCGGUAGCGGCAACAAUCUUGUUACCACUGAUGGUAUCAGCACCAUGACCUCUUCGGACAUUACUGGAUCCUCGAGCGAUAUACCCGUUUGGUCUAGUGCUAUCUCCACCACGGCGUCUUCUACAACCUCCGCAACCUGGACUGCAUCUACUGGGACAAGCGUGUCUGGAGACGAUGGGACUACCACAUUGACUGCCAGCACUACCGAUGGUGACUCUCUCUCGGCGAGUGUACCCAUCGACACGAGUGACUUAAGUAGUGCAGUCUCUGGAACAGUGUCAGUAUCCGAUACCACUUCGAAGCGGAAGCGCACAGUAGCACCUUCGUGUACUCUAUACGUUUCUCAGAACUCAGAGGUGAUUUCCACCACGGUGGUGGAUGCCGGAUCCUCUGCUCAAUUUUCUGCUUGUCUGGCAGCCAAGUCCUCAGGUAGUGUUGAGCUCUUGGCUGUCUGCUCUGGUCCAGGAGCAACCAUCGAAGUGUCCGGACUGACUGUGGGCAGCGCUUCGUCUGCGGCAGAGGACUGUGCAGCUUCUACUUCUGCUACUUCGAGCCCAAUCGCUUCGCCCUCAACCCCGUUCCCUCAUCGCUCUGGAUCUUCAACUUCUCUCGGAAGGACACCAGUCCACACCAAAAGCGCAAGGCCCAGCAAGUUUGCCUCCGCAUGUCGCUCCCGCUCUUCCGUUCGGAUCCCUACGAGCCAAGCCUCUCCUACUGGAUCGGACUCGGCCUCGGACUCGGGAGAGUACACCACUUCCACCGUCUUCAGCACUCGCACGGCCACAACGACCGCCUGUCCAUCCAACGUCGUCAAUUGCCCAGCUCACGAGAAGACCACCUACGUCACCACUGAGACUGUCGUUGUUUCUACUACCGUCUGCCCCGUCACUGCCGAGGCCACUGGCACUGUAUCAAAUCAUCCUUACGUUAGCACUGAGACAAUCUACACAACUCGCACUUCCACCAUCUACGAGUGCCCCGCAACUGUUACCAAUUGCCCCGAACGUGAGAAGACUACUUCCGCUACCACUGAGACUCUUGUUGCUGGAACCAUCGUGUAUACUGUCAACCCCAGCAGCUCUAGCUCGGGAUCUGGCUCUGACAGUACCAUCUCUGGCGAAUACAACACUGAAAACAUCGGUUCUGUCACUUUUCACACAACCAUCAGCCCAGUGACAGUGACCGAGACUCUUGUCACGGCUUCGACCCGCUUAGCUGGCUCCUUUGCUUCGGAGAGCACGAGUGAUACAUCUGCACUGCACAGCACCAACAGUGCAAUUUCAACUGUCUCUAUCGGAAACUCCCAAAUCUCGUCCGGUACAGCCCCAUCUGGGCUGAUCAAUACUUUGUUUAGCCCCUCGACUAGCUCGCCUAACUCCCCCGCCACAGAGAUCGAAGGUUCCACAUCCACUCUCUUUAGCACCGCCGAUACUGCCUUUACCACUGACGCAGGAUCCACCCUUGCCACUGCCACCAAAGCUACAGGCGCUGCAAGUGUGAAGGACAUGACGAGUGAGGUCAACUCAUCCAAGGCCACUGGGGCACAAGCCCUGCAGGUAUCUUCUACCUCGUUCCUGUCAUCUUUCACCACGGCAACUACGGAUGCAGGUAGUGGGCAGGUGUCUUUGGCUUCGUCGACGAGCACGGCCGCCACAGAGACAGGGUCUGCCAUUGCCACAAGUGCUCCUCUAUUCAACGGAGCUCUUUUGGCCUUUUCUCCUAGUCUCACUGGGGUCAUUGGCCUGGUGAUAGCUUUCUUCCUGUAG